AUAUCUUUCCCAUGUCUACUAAUCAUCGUCAUAAUUUCUACUCUUAAUUCACAUUAAAAAAAAAUACAAAAAAUACAGAAUACUGUACCUUAUAUUGGUUUGGGAGUAGGGACGGAGGUAAUUGUGGCGGAAGUUGAUUAGUGAUUAAAAUACAAAAUUUACUUAGUUAUCACCGUCUUUUGAACUAACUAUGAGAUUGAUCUAACAGUCCAAAAUUGGAGAAGGAGAGACUUGUAGAAGGAGAGGAUACAGAUCCGUUUGGAUCGUGUCUCCUUGUUGGCAGUGUCAACGAGGACGAAGCUCCAACACCAACACCAACACCAACACAGAGUAGUAAUGGAAAACGCCGACGUUUUCUUAGGUUUACACGACUUCCUUGAGCGCAUGCGCCAACCCGCCGCCGCCGAUUUCGUCAAAGCAAUCAAAAGUUUCAUAGUUUCGUUUUCAAAUAAUGGUCCCGAUCCUGAUAGAGACAGUGCCGCCGUUCAAGACUUUCUUGCUAACAUGGAAGCUGCUUUCAAGGCUCAUCCACUUUGGUCCGGUUGCUCUGAGGAUGAACUCGAAAGUGCCGGUGAAGGUCUUGAGAAGUAUGUCAUGACGAAGUUGUUUGCCCGUGUAUUUGCUUCACUUCCAGAUGAUGUAAAACUUGAUGACCAACUUUCGGAGAAGAUGUCUUUGAUUCAACAGUUUAUUCGACCAGAAAAUUUGGACAUCAAGCCAGCAUUUCAGAACGAAACAUCAUGGUUGCUUGCACAGAAAGAAUUACAAAAGAUUAACAUGUACAAGGCACCCAGAGACAAACUUAUUUGUAUCCUAAACUGUUGCAAGGUUAUUGGCAACUUGCUGCUUAAUGCUUCCCUUGCUUCCAAAGAUAAUCCUCCCGGAGCUGAUGAAUUUCUUCCUGUGCUUAUUUAUGUUACGUUAAAGGCAAACCCUCCACAACUGCACUCAAAUCUACUGUACAUACAAAGGUUUAGACGGCAAUCUCGUUUGGUUGGGGAAGCAUCAUAUUAUUUUACAAAUAUGCUUUCUGCCGAAUCCUUCAUCUCAAACAUUGAUGCAAAAGCCAUUUCGAUAGAUGAAACUGAGUUUGAGAGAAACAUGGAAUUUGCUCGUGCUCUUCUUUCAGGGCUUUCAGUUGAUACGCAAGAUCCCAAUUCACCUUAUCAAAAUCAUGGACAGCAUCCAAGAGCAGACAAAAAUAAAACUUUGAAUGACAAUAAGGACCCUGCAUUACGAACUUCGUCAUCCGCUGCAAAAUUAGAAAGUAAGAAAGUGUCGUUUCAAGAUGAGUUAUCGAUCACAAAAGUUCCAUCCCUCUCAGAUUUGGAGAAUAAAGGGGCAAGUAUGAUCAUAAAAGAGGAUAAACUGAAUGAUGUUUUCAGGGAGUUUCCAUAUUUAUUUGCUAGUGUAGGUGAUCUAACAGUAGGUGAUGUCGAAGACCUGCUAAAUAAUUACAAACAAUUAGUUUUCAAGUAUGCGUCUCUUUCCAAAGGGUUAGGUGUCUCUUCUACAUCUCACCUUCCAUCCAAUCCUCAAAAUAAUGCUCAGCAGGACCAUGCUGAAACCCUUGCCAAAGGGCUAGGCGUCUUGGCUUCAUCUCAAAGUGAUGCUCAGAACCAUGAUGAAACCACGAUAGAUUCUUCAGACAGCGGACCUGUAGCUUCCAAUGACAAACCAGAAAAAUCUACGGACACAUCAGAUGAUAACUCUCCUAAGGAGAAAAAAAGUGAUUCAGGUUUGCCACAGGAUGAGGCAGUUGCAUCAGAGGGCGUUGCUCCCUCUUAACGGAUAGGAACUAGCUACAAUAGUUUUUUCCCCACCGUAUACCCCUCAUUUUCAUUUUCUUUCACUUGUGUAAAUUUAUUUUAUAUUUUACCUUGUGUGGUAAUUGACCUUUUGAAAGGGAUAGAAAUACCAAGACCACUAUGUCCUCUGUAACAUUAUUUUUUGCAUAGGUCUUAUAAUUGCUAUAAUAGAAAUAUUGCAUUUGGUUUUGCAAUGGCUGAAAAAGAUUUUGAAGAGGCAAAUCUAGUUUAAAUCAA